CAAGCCUCCCCGGUGAUUGAGAAUGGCCAGCUGGAGUGUCCUCAGGGAUACAAGAGACUGAACCUCACUCACUGCCAAGAUAUAAAUGAAUGCUUGACCCUGGGCCUGUGCAAGGACGCGGAGUGUGUGAACACCAGGGGCAGCUACCUGUGCACAUGCAGACCUGGCCUCAUGCUGGAUCCAUCGCGGAGCCGCUGUGUGUCGGACAAGGCCAUCUCCAUGCUGCAGGGACUGUGCUACCGGUCGCUUGGGCCUGACACCUGCACCCUGCCUUUGGCCCAGCAAAUCACCAAGCAGAUAUGCUGCUGCAGCCGUGUGGGCAAAGCAUGGGGCAGCGAGUGUGAGAAAUGCCCUCUGCCUGGCACAGAGGCCUUCAGAGAGAUCUGCCCUGCCGGCCACGGCUACACCUAUGCCAGCUCCGACAUUCGCCUGUCCAUGAGGAAAGCCGAGGAGGAGGAACUGGCAAGGCCCCCAAGGGAGCAAGGGCAGAGGAGCAGCGGGGUACUGCCUGGGCCAGCAGACAGGCAGCCACUCCGGGUCAUCACAGACACCUGGCUCGAGGCCGGGACCGUCCCUGACAAGGGUGACUCUCAGGCUGGCCAGGUCACGACCAGUGUCACCCAUACACCUGCCUGGGUCACAGGGAAUGCCACAACCCCACCAAUGCCUGAACAGCGGAUUCCAGAGAUACAGGAAGGACAAGUGACCCCCUCCACUGAUGUGCUGGUGACCCUGAGCACCCCAGGCAUUGAUAGAUGUGCUGCUGGAGCCACCAACAUCUGUGGCCCUGGAACCUGUGUGAACCUCCCAGAUGGAUACAAAUGUGUCUGUAGCCCCGGCUACCAGCUGCACCCCAGCCAGGCCUACUGCACGGAUGACAAUGAGUGUCUGAGGGACCCCUGCAGGGGAAAAGGGCGCUGCAUCAACCGUGUGGGGUCCUACUCCUGCUUCUGCUACCCUGGCUACACGCUGGCCACCUCGGAGGCCACACAAGAGUGUCAAGAUAUCAAUGAGUGUGAGCAGCCAGGGGUGUGCAGCGGGGGGCAGUGCACCAACACCGAGGGCUCGUACCACUGCGAGUGUGAUCAGGGCUACAUCAUGGUCAGGAAAGGACACUGCCAAGAUAUCAACGAAUGCCGUCACCCCGGUACCUGCCCUGAUGGGAGAUGCGUCAAUUCCCCCGGCUCCUACACUUGUCUGGCCUGUGAGGAGGGCUACCGGGGCCAGAGUGGGAGCUGUGUAGAUGUGAAUGAGUGUCUGACCCCCGGGGUCUGUGCCCAUGGAAACUGCACCAACCUAGAAGGCUCCUUCAGAUGCUCUUGUGAGCAGGGCUAUGAGGUCACCUCAGAUGAGAAGGGCUGCCAAGAUGUGGACGAGUGUGCCAGCCGGGCCUCAUGCCCCACAGGCCUCUGCCUCAACACGGAGGGCUCCUUCACCUGCUCUGCCUGCGAGAGUGGGUACUGGGUGAAUGAAGACGGCACUGCCUGUGAAGACCUAGAUGAGUGUGCCUUCCCGGGAGUCUGCCCCUCGGGAGUCUGCACCAACACGGCUGGCUCCUUCUCCUGCAAGGACUGUGAUGGGGGCUACCGGCCCAGCCCCCUGGGUGACUCCUGCGAAGAUGUGGAUGAGUGUGAAGACCCCCAGAGCAGCUGCCUGGGAGGGGAAUGCAAGAACACGGCAGGCUCCUACCAGUGCCUCUGUCCCCAGGGCUUCCAGCUGGCCAAUGGCACCCUGUGUGAGGAUGUGAACGAAUGCAUGGGGGAGGAGCACUGCGCACCCCACGGCGAGUGCCUCAACAGCCACGGGUCUUUCUUCUGUCUGUGCGCACCCGGCUUCGUCAGCACAGAGGGGGGCACCAGCUGCCUGGAUGUGGACGAGUGUGCGGCCACAGACCCGUGUCUGGGAGGGCACUGUGUCAACACCGAGGGCUCCUUCAACUGUCUGUGUGAGACUGGCUUCCAGCCCUCCCCAGAGAGUGGAGAGUGUGUGGAUAUCGACGAGUGUGAGGACUACGGAGACCCGGUGUGUGGUGCCUGGAAGUGUGAAAACAGCCCUGGCUCCUACCGCUGUGUUCUGGGCUGCCAGCCUGGCUUCCGCAUGGCCCCGAACGGAGACUGCCUUGACAUAGACGAGUGCACCAACGACACCAUGUGUGGCAGCCACGGCUUCUGUGACAACACUGACGGCUCCUUCCGCUGCCUCUGUGACCAGGGCUUCGAGAUCUCUCCCUCAGGCUGGGACUGUGUGGACGUGAACGAGUGUGAGCUUAUGCUGGCGGUGUGUGGGGCCGCGCUCUGUGAGAAUGUGGAGGGCUCCUUCCUGUGCCUCUGCGCCAGUGACCUGGAGGAGUACGAUGCCCAGGAGGGGCACUGCCGCCCGCGGGGGGCUGGAGGUCAGAGUAUCCCUGAGGCCCCAACGGGGGACCAUGCCCCGGCCCCCACCCGCAUGGACUGCUACUCUGGGCAGAAUGGCCAUGCGCCCUGCUCCAGCGUCCUGGGCCAGAACACCACGCAGGCCGAAUGCUGCUGCACCCAGGGCGCUGGCUGGGGAGAAGCCUGUGACCGCUGCCCGUCUGAGGACUCAGCUGAAUUCAGCGAGAUCUGCCCGAGUGGAAAAGGCUACAUUCCUGUGGAAGGAGCCUGGACGUUUGGACAGACCAUGUACACAGAUGCGGAUGAGUGUGUGAUAUUCGGGCCUGGUCUCUGUCCGAACGGCCGGUGCCUCAACACCGUGCCUGGCUAUGUCUGCCUGUGCAAUCCCGGCUUCCACUACGAUGCUUCCCACAGGAGGUGUGAGGAUCAUGACGAGUGCCAGGACCUGGCCUGUGAGAAUGGCGAGUGCGUCAACACGGAGGGCUCCUUCCACUGCUUCUGCAGCCCCCCGCUCACCCUGGACCUCAGCCAGCAGCGCUGCAUGAACAGCACCAGCAGCACGGAGGACCUCCCUGACCACGACAUCCACAUGGACGUCUGCUGGAAAAAAGUCACCAAUGAUGUAUGCAGUGAACCCCUGCGUGGGCGCCGCACCACCUACACGGAAUGCUGCUGCCAGGACGGCGAGGCCUGGAGCCAGCAGUGUGCUCUGUGUCCCCCCAGGAGCUCUGAGGUCUAUGCUCAGCUGUGCAACGUGGCUCGCAUUGAGGCAGAGCGGGAGGCCGGGGUCCACUUCCGGCCAGGCUAUGAGUAUGGCCCCGGGCCUGAUGACCUGCACUAUAGCAUCUAUGGCCCAGACGGGGCCCCCUUCUACAACUACCUGGGCCCUGAAGACACCGUGCCUGAGCCUGCCUUCCCCAACACAGCCGGCCACCCAGGAGACCGCACACCCAUCCUUGAGUCUCCUUUGCAGCCCUCAGAACUCCAGCCCCACUACGUGGCCAGCCAUCCAGAGGCCCCAGCCGGCUUUGAAGGGCUUCAGGCAGAGGAGUGCGGCAUCCUGAACGGCUGUGAGAAUGGCCGCUGUGUGCGCGUGCGGGAGGGCUACACCUGCGACUGUUUUGAGGGCUUCCAGCUGGAUGCGGCCCACAUGGCCUGCGUAGAUGUGAAUGAGUGUGAUGACUUGAACGGGCCUGCUGUGCUCUGUGUCCACGGUUACUGCGAGAACACAGAGGGCUCCUACCGCUGCCACUGCUCCCCGGGAUAUGUGGCUGAGGCAGGCCCCCCGCACUGCACUGCCAAGGAGUAGCAGUCAGUGGUCAGUGUGGCAACUACUUGGAAAUGGCCUCCAGUCACAGGCAGGGGCCUUGAGGAUGAUUUCCUAGCUGGGAAGACACUGCGACAUCAGGCCAGAGGUUCCCAAUCCGCCGUGCCUGCUUUCAUCUCUCCCAGCUUAGCCUCUGGCUGUAAGCUUCGGUCACUGCCUCUGUGCCCUUGCUUGGCUCAAGCACCACCAAUCACUUUAAUGCUUCAGCCACCGCAUGAGGCCCUGUCCACCACCUUUCCUGGCCUUGCUAUCGGAUGCAUAACAAAGGAUGGCCCUCAUCCACCCUCCCAAGCUGUGCAAGCACACAAGGCCCUGUGGCCUCACACUGCAGACACCCCUUUCCAGCCACAAUCCACCAUCAUCCUGAUGAUCCCACAACUGGGACAGAGGCUACAUCUGCCCUAGGGAGGUCCUUCAAAAUCUGUGGAGCAAGAAAGGAUUUGGGGAAGCUUGGGGACUGACUCCAGCGCCUCCCAAGAACCAUCACCACCACUCAGCCAAUCUGUUCUGGGCCCCGAUUUUGCCACACCUCCAUCCUGUAGCCCAUUCUCUGACCCCAAGGAGUGGCAGAAGAUCCCUUCACUCAGAGAAGCAAGACUGAUAUUAGCUUGUUGAGUGUAAGAGACACAAAUGAAGAACAAAGAGCUGGGGAAAGCAGCAAGAGGACAUUAUGAAAAAUAUGUGGAGUUGAUAAGAAAGGGGAGCCAAGGCUUUAUAUGUCUAAAGAAAAUAUUCAGUAGCUGUAAACAUUCAAAAUCUGCCCAGUGAUAGCCUGCCAGCAGCAAGGGCUGCCACGGGAUAGAGUACCCAUCUACAAAGACCUCUGUUACAUAAACACUGCUUCUUACAGGAAGCAAACCUCUUCUGGGCUCUCCUUUUGUGAAAACCAGUUUGAUGUGCUAAAAGUAAAAAGUCUAUUUUCUAGUGUGGUCUUGUUCAGAAGAAGCCAGAUUUCCAAUAUUGUUUUUCCCCUCUACUCAGAAGCCCCUGCCCCUUCCCUUCAGAAAACGAUGGCAAGCAUUCCUCUGAGUUUACAAGCAGAGACUCAUACCAACCCAAACUAGCUGGGAGUUCAGAACCAUGGUGGAAUAAAGAAAUGUACAUGUGGUCUCUUCUGUUCUUGUCUUUAUUUCAUAUCAAAUCAAAUUUCUUUACCAUGUUGGCUAAGUCUAAAUAUUAGAGAUGAGGCUGUGCCUACUCCCUGGCCAGCUCUGCUGAUAGCCUAUGAUAGAUUCCAAUGGGAAAUUACUCUUUACUAUUAAAAGACAAGGAAAGCUCUGACUUUGCACUUCUCUGAUGAAUGGCAAUGUAAAUGAACAAGGCUCCAUGUGACUGGAGCAUGGAAGUAAAUGCUACUUUCUUAAUUUAAUCUGCCCUAGCCUACCUGCUCCUCUGAUUAUUAGCCAUCACAUAACUUAUCGAAUGCUUGCCAUGUGCCAGGCACUGUGCUGAGUGCCAUACAUACAUUCCAUUUAAUUAUCCAAUCAUCCUACUUACUAUUGUUUAUUCUCAAUUUACAGGUGAGGAAACUGAGACACAGAAAGCUUAAAUAAUUUGCUCUAUGUCCCUAUACUAAUUGAGAUGUUUUCAGCAGACAAAACUAAAUCACUCUUACGCAUGUCAAAAUAUUCUUUCACUCAUAAUAAAAGAAAUGCAACUUAAAAUCAUACUGAGAUCCUUUUUAAAACUGUCAGAUUGGCAAAUAUCAAAAAGCUUGUUAAGACUCCUAGCUGGCAAGCAUGUGGGAAAUAGGCACUCUCAUAAUAGCUGCCAGAAGUACAUAUUGAAGAGGACAAUAUGGCAAUGCCCUUCAAAAUUAUAAAAGCACUAAUUCUUUGAUCCAGUAAUUUCCACUUCUAGGAACUUAACCUUCAGAUAUAUUUUCACCAGAUAUAAAAUGACAUGUAAGAAGUUAUUACUGCAUCAUUUGUAAUAGCAAAAGAUUAGAAACAAUUAAUUGCUAUGGAACCCUUAAAAAAGGUGGCUGUAAAUUCCUUAAGAAAGAUAUCCAAAACAAAUUAAGGGGAAAAGGGGGUUGCAUAACAGCGUGUAACAUAACACUGUCUGUCUAAAGAAUGGGGAAAGAGAAGCGGUUGUCUGUUCACCUCAUCCUUGCCACUUCGCCUUAUACCUCGCCAUUCGGAGAACUUCUUACUAUCCCCCAAAUAUAUCCUGCUGGCGCUACACCUUCCUAACUGCUGUUCCCACUGCCCCCACAACACUCCAAUCUUCGCCUUCCUGCCCAACCUUGAGAUACUGCAUGCAUAUGUACCUAUUUCCUUUGUUUAAAACACAAAUAGCAUACUAUGCAUGCUGUUCUUUGCUUUUUUUUUUUUUUUGCUUUAUACUUGCAAGUAGAGCUGCCUCAUUUCAUUUUAUAGCUGUAUACUAUUCCAUUGAAUGGAUACACCAUUAAUUUAUUUAAUCAGUCCCUUACUGACAGACAUUUCCAUUGUUUUCUGUCUUUUGCUAUAAAUAAUGCUGUAAUGAAUAUUCUUGUGCAUAUUUCACAUUAAUUUAUGGGAUUAUAUCUGCAGGAUAAAUUCUUAGAAAAAUGGUGGUUUGUGGGAAGGGUGACAGGGUGGAUAGGUACAGGAUUGGGAGACUUUUCACUGUAUCUCCUUUUGUAUUCUUUUGAAUUUUGUACCACAUGUAUCACCUAUUCAAAAAAAAUAAAAUAUUUUUAAAUACA